GUUAGAUUUCAACUGUCUUUAUAAUUAAAAUACAUAAUAAUAAUAUUUAAUGCUCAGAUUCACCAUCAACGGUACAAAAGGGCACUUAUCAACAUGGACUGGUGUUUUCAGAAGUAGAUCAGGAUGAACUUUAACCCCAGAGAUCCUGUCCAAUCAGAUUCGUAGUAACAACUAAAACAGCAGAAUGCCUCAGAUAAAAACGUUCUGUCGUAUAAAACCGACACCCGAUUACUAUCCGGAGUUUGAGGUUAGCCAGGAAACGCUGUAUCUACGAGUCCCGGAAGUUCUUCGAGAUUUUUCGUCGGUUGGGAAGUCGCGGGGAGCUGUGAUUAGCCAUGAAUUCAAGUUUAACUACAUAUUUAACAACACCGCUACCCAGGAUGAGGUGUUUGAUGUGGCGGCAAAGGAAAUUGUAGAGGGUUUCCUGAAUGGCUACAAUGGGACAAUAUUUGCCUACGGCCAGACAGGGACGGGCAAAACCUUCACCGUGGAGGGCGGAGCCAAGUCUUACGCUCAAAGAGGUCUUCAACCACGAGCACUCUCCAUGAUCUACAAGGAGUUGGAAAAACGGCAAGAUGAGGAUAUCAGUGUCCAUAUAUCUUACCUGGAAAUCUAUAAAGAGGUCGGAUACGAUCUGCUCAACCCCGGAGCAAGGACUCAGUCUGUCGUUACACCCUUCCCGAAGGUAAACGUGCUGGAGGGUGCGAGUGGUGUGUGGGUUGUACGUAACCUUUCCGUACAUUACGCAGCCAGUGAGGACGUGGCCCAGAACUUGUUACUACAAGGCCAAGCCAAUCGACGAGUCGCCGCGACAACUGUCCAUGACAGAUCUUCCCGAUCGCACGCAGUCUUCACUGUCCAACUGUCGGCCAAACAACCGGACUCUGAUGUCAUCAUUAAAUCAAAAUUACACUUGGUUGAUUUAGCUGGGUCAGAACGAGUCUCAAAAACAGGGGUCGAAGGUCAUCUACUAGACGAAGCGCGGUCCAUCAAUUUAUCCCUCCACUUCCUUGAGACAGUGAUCAUAUCCCUACAGGGCGAGUCAACAUCGAAAAACAACCGGAUUGGCAGUGCAGGAUUGUCACGCAGUCAAUCGUUCCGACACAGUCGUCAUGGCGCCCGUCCUAGUUCUGCAGACUUGUCGACCCCAAAACAUGUCCCUUACAGAAACUCUCUGCUCACUAUGGUCCUUAGGGACAGUCUGGGAGGGAAUUGCCUUACUGCUAUGAUAGCAACCACCUCGUUGGAGUUAGAGAAUAUUGGAGAGUCUAUAUCAACGUGUAGAUUUGCCGGCCGAGUGGCCUGUAUCGCCAACAGUGUCUCGAGUAAAGUAUGGAGAAACGAAGAAGUUGAUGAGAAAACAUUAAUUAAGAAAUUAAGGAAAAGAGUUGCAGAACUUGAAACUGAACUCUCCUGUAUGCGAGCAGCAAGGGAGACGGGAACAAACUUCAGUAUAGAGGAAAUGAAUGCCAAACUGACAGACGAGGACAAAAUUCUGUGUGGACAAGUGGUGUCCAGAUAUCUGGGUGGUCAGCUCAAUGAUCCGGUCACUGCAGGUAUAACAAGUCCUUAUAAGUUCCGAGAAUGUCUGAAGAUUCUGAAACGUGUGAUCACUGAUGGCAACCAUAAUAUGCUUGACCAAAAUUACCCACAAAUUACUGGAGUGCCGGACGGUUACCAUAGUGCGGAUGAAGUAGUUAGUCGUAAACGCGCAGAGAAAGUGUCGCGGGAACAGCCGUCAAAACGUAACGAGCCCACAAAGUUUGAGAGAGAGAAAACGGUGGAUUUUCCUAUUACGAAUGCUUGGGACAAUCAUACUGUCCAACCAGAAAUCAAGCCACGACAACCACAACGGGCGAGACAACAUCCACCCCGCAACGUCACCAACACAAACAACACCAAGCAUCCGGGUAUUCCUGUUGUUGACGACUUAGCUCAAACCGACACAGAGGAGACCAAGGAACAACAUCAAGAAGAAAUAGUGAAACCAGAGCGGACUUUAUCACAAAUGUUGGUUUCCAAGUCGAGACGGAGUAAAUACCAGUCUCCGUUUGAGCAGAAACGUGUAAAGGAGAUUAAGAAACUCAAUACUAAGGUGGAGACUCUACAACAGGCUCAGAUGGAGAAAGAAGGCGAGCUUGUCGAGAUGAAAAUUGGCCUGGCAGAGCAGGAGCUCAAUAUUGUUGAGGAACAAAUCAGGAACAAGCUGAAUGUCGCUAAGGAACAGGUCGAUGACCAGCAUGCUUACGUCAAUCAGCUAGAAACGACAGAGGCCGAUCGUAAUCUUAUAGAACGUGAGAAACUGGUGGAAAAACAGCUCCGUAAACGACAGAAUAAGUUUGACAAGAAACUGGAAGUUCUGGAGGAAAAGAGAAACCAACUACAAAAACACUCAGAGGAAUUUCACCAGGAACUUGAGAGUGUAGAGAAACCAACAAUGAAAGAACAGUACGGCAAGUACCGCAACCGUGACGGAAGCCUCAAUACACGACAGGUGUUCGAAAUGCUUAAAACUAAGGAAAAGAAACAGGAAAAGGUACAUACAGAGAUUGAUCAUGAGAAGGCGUGGAUUUACAACAAACAUCUGGAAAUGAGAGAAGCUGCAACACGGGAGAAACUAAAACAGUUCAAGGAAAUGCUUCGAAUGUCUCGCACAGCAGAUGUGCGGGGAUAUGCAAGCGAGGAUGAAGGACAUCGCACGACUCAUACUGCGCCGGGACAUCUUUCCAUGAACGGUGAAUAUAACCCAUCAAAGGACAAAGAGCGAAUCAAAACAUCUGAUGGACAUCCCGGGACGCGGCACACAACUCGUACACAGAACACGGCUCCGUCAGAACCUCCAGGGACACGACAAACAGAACCACCAGGUACUCGACAGACAACAAGAACUCAUUUCACCACAGUGCCAUACACUGAUAUUCCACAGACUCGACAAACGGUACGAACAGAAUAUUCAGAGAGUUUAGUCAAUGACAAUGUGCCGGGUACCAGUCAAACAAAUCGUACAACAGGAAGUAAUUUGGAUGGACGGCCCGGCUCGAGUAAGAGCAUGAGAUCUAUACCGGAUUCGGAUUUCUACGCUCAAAAGAAACGGGAUAAAGAUCCAACUUCUCGUUGGGAGUCGUCCUAUUCCCGGCCAAGCACGGCUCAGAGUGUAAGAUUUGAUCUUGGAAAUGGCCAGACAGUACUUCCUAAUGGUCUCCCAGUUGAGAAUGGCGUCUGGGCGACAGAAAGUGGUAUCGGAAUGACAGAUGAUUUCAAGUCAAGUUCACGGAAAUCUGAACGUAAACAAAAAGUGUACGAAUCAGAACCUGAAAUUGUAAAUGGUUACGAGUCAGAUCCGAGGGACACCGUUAUGCCAAGUGAAUAUGUGUAUGGCAUGGGUGCAGGGGAUAAAUUUGACGGACGUAAAAUGGGUUUGUCAUCACAAACGUUUGACGCAGCUUUGGCUAACAUGCUAGAGCGUGAGGAUCAGAAUGUGUACUACGAUUAUGAACAGUAUGAUCAGUAUGCUAGAACUAGUGGAAAUCCUAAAACUAAUUCUCGUAAACCUCGAGUACAGAGUCCGUACUACACCACACCUUACCCUCUUAACGGCUCUGCCAAACAGCCCAGGGAUGUCCGACAGGGUCGGAGUCCCGUACGGAAGGGUAGGAGUCCAGAUAGACGGGGGAUAAGUCAGGAAAGGGGGCGGAGUCAAGGAGGCGGAAGUAGAAGUCGUGAACGUGCAGGGGGAAGUCGUGAACGUGCAGGGGGAAGUCGUGAACGUGCAGGGGGAAGUAGAGAGCGCCAGACAAACUGGUCUGAUGAUGAAGCAGUUUUAGAGUCGUUGAUGCGUGCACAACAACAGGAGAGUCGUGGUCGUAGUCGGGUCCGCAGCAAAUCACAGGAAAGACCGGAGGUUAAAUAUAGCCAGGAGGACAGUGAUGUUGAUUUGUGGCCAAACAGUCGUAACACCAAAGCUUGGGGCCCGGAGGCUAGGCAAGCAUCAAUCCAUGCCAAGUUAGGGAUGCAGACACCGGAGAAAAAACAGAGGCGUAAACCUAGGAAGCGAACCAAAGCUAAGCGUACCCUUGACGAGAACUUAGCCGUUUAUGACCAGAGUAAUCUCCCUGGAGGAAAGAAAGGCCAGCUCGUGUGGGAGGAGACACCAGUUACGUCACAGGUAACGGCUUUACCCGAGGAGAAGGCUGAAGAUGUGUUCAUGACAAAAGUCCAGCAGCAGAAAGAUCGUGUCAAUAAGAUACGGAAAGCCCGUGCCUCUGCAGAAGUUAUUCAGCGCACCUGGAGAAGAUUCGCUGCCAAGAAAAAAGUGCAAAAAAUGAGAAUGGAAGCUAAGAAAUAAAGAGUCGUUGACUGAUUUAUUUUUGGUGGCAAAAUACUAGAAAUGGCGAAGACCCUUAAUGAGGAAUGCUCAUGUGAAUUUAUUUUUACUUUAAAAUCAUGACAAGUGCCUUUCCAUUUUGAAAAGGAAUUACAAUCUUCUCCACAGAUUUUCAUUCCAAAUGGAAAUAUUUCCGAUCAAUUGUUGACAAAAUGGUGCUGUUGGAUAAGGGAGACAAUCCAACUUAUAACUGAAUCUCGUGAGGAAUACAAACCAUAGAUACUGGUAUAUCUUGUUGAGGAUCUUAACGGAAGGAAUUCUGUGUGUGAUAUUUAAGUGCCUAUGUCGUUGUAGAUUACUGUAACCAGUUUAGAUAAUAUAUGUUAACUGGUAUAUAUAUGAAACAAUCUGUGAAUUUGAAUAUUUACAUAAUGUCUUCCAAAGUGUUUAAGACAUUUUCUAAAAUUUUUCUCUGAUGCCCCCUUAAAAAGUGUGGCAUUUCUGUAUUGUGUGGAACUAUUUUUAAGGGUUAAAUUUAAUAUAAAAAUAAUGAUUUUAAACAAAUAAAGAAACUGUAAAGUUAACAUACUUUAUUUGGGGUACUCAAAUUUAUUUCAUAUAGAAGUUUUUAAAAAAGUGCAGUUAUCACAAUCAAUAUUUAGCGCAAUACUUCUAGCGCAAAAAGCGCUAAAAUAAUACUACUGCUAAAAUAGUAUUACUACUAAAAUAAGAUUACCAUUAAAAUAAGGUUAUACUGCUAAAAUAGGAUUACUACUAAAAUAAUAUUACUGCUGAAAUAAGAUUACCAUUAAAUUAAUAUUACUGCUAAAAUAGGAUUACUUCUAAAAUAAUAUUACUGCUAAAAUAAUAUUACUGCUAAGAUAAGAUUACUGCUGAAAUAAGAUUACUGCUAAAAUAAGAUUACUGCUGAAAUAUGUACGUUGACAGUACUAACCAAUAUGGAAUUAAAUGGGUUCCUGUAUACUUGCUAAGUAAGAUGUAUUGGUUUUAUUGUAAGGAAUCAGUAGAUUUUAUUUCACCAGAUAUUUGUUUGUAGGUUUGAUGUAAAAAUGCUACCAUGUACACAAAAGUGUAUACACAUGAUUAGCUGGUAUAAAAGGGAUCAUUGCCGACGUGGCCGAGGCCGUAAUUAUUACAUGUAAUCAGAGUAUGUGAAAUAUAUUAAACUGUUCUAUAUUCUUUGUCACAUGUCAAACUUCAAACUGAUCUUGUUUGUGAACAGAUCUCCUUGCCAUACCGGUAAUUACCACAAAUGUCAAUCAAAUUCUCUGUCAACAGAUCUCAUUGCCAUACCAGUAAAUGUCCCAAAUGUCAAUCAAAUUGACAUUCCAUAUUGUAUUACUGUACUAAUAUGUAUCUGCCUAGUUAAUAUGAAUAUAAGGCCAGCGAGUUUGGUUUCAACAAGAUUUUAAAAUGGAAUCUGUAAUGUCUGUGAUAUUUUGUAUAACAAAUAUUUUUAAAUAAAUGAAAUGCCCAAUUUCUAUUUAUGUUUUUAGAUGCAUUUUUUUCAUACAUAUCAUUUACAGGUGUUUUAUAUGUAUUGUUGAAUUGUCAAUUUUUAGAAUAAAUAUUUUAUAUAAAUAUGAUUAUGAAGAUGAUUAUAUUUUACCAUUUGUUAUUUAGCUAAAAACCAUCCUAUAUCUAAUAAAUAUAUUUACUCUACAUCCGCUGUAUGACUGUACUAGUUUGUGUAUUGGUGUCAGUUAAGUCUACAUUCUACCUACAUGUACCAGUGAUGUGAAUCGAUAGUCGGAAACUCAAAAUUGAUCGAUUAUCAAUUAUGACUGGUUUUCUAAAUUUAGCACAGAAUCGCCCUUUUGUAAAAAUUUGACUUUUUACAUCUCAAAUACAUUUAUUACCUUUGUUGUCAAUAUUCUAAAUACUGAAUUCAAACAAAGAAUUUAAUGAUUGUCACUAUAUUUAAAUCUCUUUAAUCACUUGUAAAUGACCAAUGAAUAUAUCUUAUUCCGUAAAAUAUAAGAUCAACUACUUCUUGGUUCAUAACAUUUCAAAAAUAUGUGAGGCCAAAAAUCUACAAAAGGUUGGUUUUUUCAAAUUCGUCAUUGAUUUUUAUUUAUUUUAUUUUUUUAUUGUCGAUCAUCAACGCACUACUAACUUGUAUAAAAGUUAUCUCCCUUGACAAUGUGUUUAUUAUGAAUCGUGUUGUGAGGGAGGUUGUAUGCUACCUACACAUUUUACCGUGAUGUAUUAAAGUUAUCUCCCUUUAUAUCAUGUGUGUGUGGAUUGUGUUGUGUGUUAAGGAUGUAUACUACAUGUACCUUACACAUUCUACCAUGUUUUGUUUUGAAAAUUAUCUCCCUUUACAACAUGUAUUGUAGAUGAAUUGUGUCAGGAGUUAAGGUUGUAUGCUGCCUUAGACAUUUUACCAUGACUUGUGUUUAAGUUGUCUCCCUUUACACUGAUACUGUAGUUGAUUUCCUUUCUGCCUUAUGUCUAAAGACAAGUGAACAUGAUGCUUCUUUCCAAUUAUAACUGUCCAGCCUCAAAGCACAUUUUCAAAUCUUUAAUACCCCUUCAGACAAAUUCUGAUUUUUGCCGACAGUUAACGUGUAAACAUGGGACUCUGUCUCUUGGUCAGUCUGGUGGUGGUCAGUCUAGCGGUGGGCAGUCUCUUGGUCCGUUUGGCACUCACUUGGUCAGUCUGAGGGUUGGCAGUUGCUUGGUGAGGCUGGAGGUCACAAUUCCAUAAUCAUUCAGAUGUUUGUAAUGGGAUAAAAUUCGUAAAUCAUCAUAAUGGCCAGUCACCAAAAAAAAAUUGAGUUAUCUCCCUUCGGAUGUAAUGUAAUGUACUUAAAACUUAUUGAAACUCACUGUAUUAAAGUCCAACUUAAUCUCUUUUUUUUUAAUGAUUAUGUUAGAACUGUCCUAAGACAAACACUUUCGGUACAAAUUCCUGUUUAUUAGGAAGUACCACAUAUUAAAUUUAAAACCCUUGAUUCUGGCUCGGUCUUAUUGACUUUCAAAUCCUCAAACAAAUUUUAGAUAUAGAUAGUACAAGCUAUUUCUAGAUCUGACCCUGUAGCAUUCUACAUGUAUACAGGUUUUUUUUUUAUUGUAUUUUGAAAGUAUGCCUAAAAGGGAAUUUUUUACAGUAAGGUAGCAUACAUCCUUAAGUGAUUGUGAAAUAUGUGAUGCAUUUAUGACAACUACUUGCAAUUGUCCAUGACAUUUUAAUGUGAUAACAUUAUGAUCAGUACUUGUGAUAGCAUUAUUAUAAUAAAUUAUUGAAGUAGUGUUAUUAUAAUAUAGCAAUUUAGAAUUUGUUAUCAAAUUGUUGAUGAUCAUAGGAAUUACCCCGAAUAUAGGUAUAUUUUUAGACAAAACAAAACAUGUUUUUAUUUACUGUAACUUGUACAUUAUCAAAGGUCCGACAGAUGGUGUUUUGCAAUUAAUAUCAAGAUUUUGGUUGGAUGACAAUGGUGAGGUUGAUUUCAUUUUAAACAUUACUAUGAAUUGGGUUGGAAAUUUAUCUUUAUUUUAAAUCAUAUUUUAGACCCAGUAUAUAUGAUGUAGGAAUCUGAAAAUAUUGAAUGAUGAUUGCACUAAAUUUAAAUAUGCACUGUGCCUAAACAGACUUGCCUCCUAAAGCUAGUUACAGCAUUAUCAUUUUAACAAGUUUAUUUAUUAGCUGUUAAUGAAUUGAUAUUAUUUAAGUUUUAUUAGCAUACCGAAUUCACUUUAAUUAGUAGUCCAAAUGAUUCUGACUACUGUCAGCUCUAACAUGUAAGUAGAGUGUAGAUAGUUAUAAUCAGUUUGGACUUAAAUAUAUGUUAACAUUAAUUUUAUACAUCUAAAGAGUACAAUUUUAAGUGUAAAAUUUUUUUAUACAUCUAAAGAGUACAAUUUUAAGUAUACAAAAUUAUAAUAAUAAGGAAAAAUUUUAUCACUAAUAUAUAUAUUAGCACAGGGACUUGGUACUCUUCCAAGUCAUAGCCUAUACUUUUAUAUUAAAAAUAGAUGUACAGAAUGUGGGAUGGAAAUAGUUUUUUUACAGUAUUACGACUACUGACAACCUUAUGCCCGCUUACAUUAAUUCUUUUUGGAGUAGUGCUAUAAAAAUCAUGAUGUUCUCUAAAAAAUACUGUAAACGUGGUGUGGGGGCCGCGGUGGCCGAGUGGUUAAGGUGUACCGACACUUUAACACUAGCCCUCCACCACUGGGUUGCGAGUUCGAAACCUACGUGGGGCAGUUGCCAGGUACUGACCGUAGGCCGGUGGUUUUUCUCCAGGUACUCCGGCUUUCCUCCACCUCCAAAACCUGGCACGUCCUUUAAUGACCAUGGCUGUUAAUAUGACGUUAAACAAAAAAACAAACAAACCAAACUGUAAACAUGGAAUUGUACGCGAGGGUGAAAAUUACGCUAAUUACGCAGAGUCCUUUUAGUCAUGAAAAUUUCCCCUAAGCGUAUUAUUUGAUAUCAGUUUGCGUAAUCUCAAGAAACAAAUGGAAAUAGCGAAGGUGUAUCGAUCGUGAAAAACUACCCCAAGUGUUUAGUAUACAUAUCAAUAUUGCGAAAUUACCCCCCUGCGAAAGUAACGUUUACAGUAUGACAUUCAUGUUGUAUCAUAUUUCCAGAGACAUAUAUAUUCUGUAUAUAUGUCUCUGAUAUUUCUGUUGAUAAAUUAAUUGAAAAGAAAUAAAUGAAUUUAAAAUUUGAUAUUGUCAAGUUUUUCUGGAUUAAAAUGUUUGUGGACCUAAGUUCCAUAUAAUUAUAUUUAUCAUAUUUGUCGGAAACUUGUGCCAAGGUCCUUUGGAUUCAUCUAAAGCUUGAUGCAAAAAGAUGUAUGGUUAUACUUUUUAUAUAAAUUAUGAAAAAGAUUUUUUUUUUUUUCCCCAUAAUUCAUUUCAAUGUGUCUGUUUUGUGUGAUAUUAUUCUAUUCCAGGAAAAAAACUCUUUGAAAUGAACAACCUGUAUUUUUAAUGUAGUUGUUCUAGAAUCUGUCUCCGAGUUUCUGAAUGUGUCUCCCAAAAUCUGUCUCAAUGUCCCGCCUUAUAAUGGGUACAAAGGUGCUGAAAUCGGCAUUCCAUUAAUAUUUCAUGUUUAUAUUACUUAUUACUUUAAAUUCAAAAUUUAAUAUUAUUUAAUAGUUCCUAAAAAUUAACUGCUGUACUUCCUAAUUAUUGGAGAUGAUGUCGUUUUGGCUAUUUAUAAUUUGUAAUAGCAUGAUAAAAGCAUGGCAUUUGGAUCAGGAGUAAGCUAUCAUUAAAUAUUUACUAUUUGUUGAUGUGACAUAAAGUUAUUUUUCUGUGACAGAUAAAAUCACCCUUAAUUUACAAUUGUAUCAUUAUCUUAACAUUGUCACUGAUAGAAGUGUUCUUAAAAUAGUUGUACUAGAAAUUGGCCUAAUUGUUUCUACAUAUAAGUCUAUUGAAAUACAAUAUAUUGUCAGAAGUUUCUGCUUAACUUCAGAAUAUAUUUCUGACUAAUUCAAGUUGCUGCGAUAAAAAGUUGUGAUGUUUUGAAUCAUGACAUCUUUGAAUUUAUUUUUAUGCAUAUUAAAUUUUCUUAAUGCCAAAA